CACUUCUUGAAAAGUCCUUUUUUAUACAAUUUUAAUAGACUCUGCCCUACUCCUAAGCUUCCUAACCCUCCUAACCCUCCCCUAAAUCCUAAAACUAACCCUAAUCCUAAGUGUUUUGCAAGAUAUAUAGGUAGGUAAGGAAUGCCGAAUCAGCAGGUUUGUGCAUCGACGGGCAUGUGUGUCGCGUCGGUGGAAGAAUGAACGGAUGGAUGGAUGGACGGGUAUGGAUUAUGGGUUAUGGAUUAUAGGCACUUUCUAGACGGGAUAGUGCUGGGCUAUUUAGAGGAUAGAGGGCAAUGCUGGCUGUGGCCACCACUUUUCCUCAGUGGCCGACAACUCUCUUGCAACUCUCACAACUCUCUAACCUCUCUCACAACACUCUCCCCUCUCUCACAACACUCUUACAACUCUCUCACAACACUCUACCCUCUCUCACAACAGUCGCUCUCACAACACUCCCUCUCUUACAACUCUCUCCCCUCUCUUACAACUCUCUCCCCUCUCUUACAACUCUCUCCCCUCUCUUACAACUCUCUCCCCUCUCUCACAACACUCUCUCACAGCACACACACAAUCUCUCACAACACUCUCUCUCUUACUUACUCUCUUGAGACACCCUCUCUCUCUCUCUCUCUCUCUCUCUCUCUUACAAUACUCUAUCUCUUACUUACUCUCUUACAACACACGUUGUGGUAGACUGAGAUAUAGCAUUAGACAAAACCUCAGCUAAAAUUUGAGUCAGAUUUUAGUAUUUUUUAACCCCUGAUAAUACGCUAAUUUAUAAUAUACU